AUGCGAGCUUGGUUCCUUGCCUGUUUUCUUGCGCUCGUCACACUGCAGGCGGCCGUACUCGCAGCGCGGCUGUCUGCUAGGUCUCUCUUGCCCGAGAAACGCAUAGCUAUCAGGGAAUCCCUGCCGGAUCUGUACGAGGCAUCAGUUGUUGAACUGCAAGUACUGCAUGCCUAUUUCGCGCGCAUCGAGGAAGUCAAUCUGCAGGGCCCAAUACUCCGUGCUGUCAUCGAGACGAACCCAUCUGCGCUAGCGCAGGCGGCCGCUCUGGACGCAGAGCGGCUCGAGACCGGUCCCCGCAGCUUGCUACAUGGCAUACCGGUGCUGGUGAAGGAUAAUAUGCUACGAUUGCCUCCGAGGAUAUGCAGGAUGAACACAACGGCUGGAUCGUACAGUCUGCUUGGCUCUGUUGUCCCCGCUGAAGCUGUUCGCCCAUUUCCGAGGCAACCUGGCUCGGGCUGGUCCGGCAGGGGCGGUCAAUGCACGAAUGCAUACUUCCCUCAUGCCGACCCCGUACUGUGGUUCGUCUGCGGGCUCUGCGUCGCUGCAUCCAUCGGACUGGCAGCGGUUACCCUCGGUACUGAAACAGACGGAAGUAUCACCUGCCCCGCAAACCAAAAUAACCUCGCGGGAAUCAAGCCGUCAGUAGGGCUCACGUCUCGUGCAGGAGUCAUCCCUAUCUCCGAACACCAGGACACCGUCGGACCCCUAACGCGCUCCAUGGCCGACGCCGCAAUCGCCGGACCCGAACGACAACUUCACGCUCGCUCAGCCGUCCCCCGUCCCGACUACACGCUCGCGCUCGACCGGAACGCGUUCGCGGGCAAACGCAUCGGCGUCCCUCGCGCGGUGUUCUUGAACGACUCGAUCACGGGGAACGACCCGUACGUGAAUGAGGUGUUCGAGGCUGCGUUGGAGGUUAUGAAGGCCCUUGGCGCGACGGUGGUGGACCCGGCAGACUUGCCGAGUGCAGAAGCGAUUGCGACGUCGAAUAAUGAGUCGACAGUGCUGGAUACGGAUUUCAAGAUCCAACUCAAUGCGUGGUAUGAGGGGUUGCUGUCCAACCCAUCCGGUGUGCGGUCUCUCGCCGAGCUCAUUGCCUUCGACAACGCCAAUCCAACUCUGGAAGAGCCUGCAAGGUACACAGACCAGUCGGAGCUCAUUGCCUCCGAAGCAACGACUGGGUUCAACUCAACAUACUAUGCGGCGCUCGCGUACGACUAUGAGAUGGGACGGACGAACGGGAUCGACGCAGCGCUGGAGAUGUACGACCUCGACGCAUUGGUUCUCCCCGCGCCAGGCUUCACCACCGUCCCCGCAGCCAUAGCCGGGUACCCGAUCGUGACCGUCCCGCUUGGCUUCUAUCCCGACAACAUCACGAUUGGCCUCGCGGGACCGGAGACAGUGUAUCCCGCUCCUGGCGUCCCUAUCGGCCUGUCCUUCCUCGGUACGGCUUGGAGUGAGUUUGACCUAGUAUCGUAUGCGUAUGCAUAUGAGCAGCACACGCACACACGUCUCGCGAGGAAGGCGUACGCCGAGGCCAUCCCGACAACGCAGUUGUGGGAUGUCAUUUACGGGGCCUAGGCAUAUGCUGGCGGGGGACAUCGGCGUCGUGGUAUCGGAUAGGCAGUCUGUCAAAAGACGUUCCAAACGGAUGAGUAAAACAGUACUGUUAUCCGAAAUGAUAAGUGUUCGCAG